UAUAAACUGCGUUUGUUUUAUCCAGAAUGUACCCUGUCUAAGGCAUUCAGAGAAGGUGAUAAGGAUGGGAAACAAUCCGUCAGCUGCUGACAUUUUGGAAAAAGAACCAUGGCGUAAAAUGCCAUUGACUACCACUAAAAUACCUGAUAUGAGAAGGGAACUAAUGGGGAAAAUAAAAACAUUUCAAAAGAAGGGAAACGUGAACUUUUUGAAUAUUCUUCUUCUCGGUCAAUCUUCGUCAGGCAAAUCAUCUUUCGUAAAUUCCUGUGCAACAGCUCUGUAUGACGCUAAUAGAAUUGUGACACCUUGCGGAGUUUUGGAGCCACAAUCAGAAAGUGUUACGGCACGUUUGGAAGCACAUCCUAUUAAGAUAUCAUCGACAGCGUUUCUCCCAGUACGAAUAUUUGACUGUCGCGGUCUUCAUGAUUUAAAUGGAGUUCACAGUGACGAUAUUAAAAACAUGUGUGAUGGAAGAAUAAAGAAUGAAUAUACAUUUGACCCGACGCUCCCAGUCAGAAGUGAUAAUGAGAAAUUUCGUGAAAGACCGCAAUUACAGGAUAGAAUGCAUUGCGUUGUAUACGUUGCUGCUGCAGACAACCCAAAAGAACUUUUAGCAGAUGGACGAGCCAAUGAACAGCUAAAGGCGAUAAGAGCUGUAUUAUCUGCGGCCAAUAUUCCUCAGCUUGUGCUUUUAAACAAGAUUGACCGUCUAGGAAUGAAGGACAUUACUACAAUUUUUAGAAAUAAGUUGGUAAAAGAAACAUGUGAAGGUGCCAUGGAGUUUAUGAGUUUGCCAUUAGGAAAUGUUCUUCCUAUGAUUAAUUACACGGAAGAACAGACUCCAGACAGCAUGAAGGAUUUCUUAGCCUUGUUCAAUUUGUGGUAUAUGAUGUCGAAAGCUAACGACUACGUAGGGCUUCAAUCGGAUGUGCCUGAAGGUUUUAAUGAUUAGCUUUCCUUUAUGGCCAUCUCUAAUAUAUGUAGUUCUCUCUGACGUUCACGUUGAUUAUUAAUUAGUGAUUGAAGGAUGUACACAUGUACAACACAUGAAUAUCUUAUUUCUUUUACGAUUGUGUUACAUUAUAGAUGUCUAGAAGUUUCGUACCAGUAUGUGAACAAUAUUUUCUCGUUUUAGCUGGAUAAGGUAUAUCUGUGUACAUUUAUUUUUACUAUUUGUAGCUUUUCCUAUAUUUUUGCUAAUAUUCUUUAAUGUAUAUUCUUCUAAAAUAGUUAAUCUUCAAUAAAUUUUCUCAUAGAUUUUA